GAGGCGGCGUUGGAGCUGGCUGAGGCUGAGGCUGAGGCGGAGGCAGAGGCAGAGGCGGAGGUGGAGGCUGAGGCUGAGGCUGAGGCUGAGGCUGAGGCUGAGGCUGAGGCUGAGGCUGAGGCUGAGGAGGAGGAGGAGGCGGAAAGCCCAGGCCCUCCGCCUGCGCCGCUGCUCAAGAGUGUCCUGGACGACGUACGCGUGACCCAUGUGGGGGCGGUUCUCGGCGUGGCGUGCUGGUCGAUUGCGGGGACGACGCUGCGUCUGGCGAUAGGGCGGGGCCUGCUGCGCCACGGUUUCCUAACGACGUACUCCAACUUCGGUGCGAACUGCGUUGGCUGCUACCUGAUGGGCUUCUUGGAGGGGGUGGCACCCAUCCACACGCAAAUCCACACCUUUCCAUGGAUCUUCCGCAGUCUUCUAGUUGGAUUUUGCGGCUCUCUGACAACGUUCUCAAGCUGGAUGCUGGAUAUUGUUGACCGCGGCACCGCGUCUCUCGCCUUUGGUGAGCUAAUCUCCGGCCUGACGAUGCCGUUUGUAUUCCUGCUUUGGGGCCACGACACUGCCGCGCUGCUUUUGGCGGGGGCGGUGGCGAGGGCGGCGCCGGAGCGCAGGGUCAACCUGAGUUUCAGCCGUGCCGGAGGCGGCGGGAGGGAACUGCACCUCGCCAACAUCGUCUUUGUUGCCCUCUCGGUUGUGGCGGCGGUGGUGAUCCCCGUUGCGGUGGAGGCGGCCGUGCAUCGCGGCCUAGUGAACUUGAGCCUCAUCGACCGCCGUUCUGUCGUUCUUGCCCCUCUCGGUGCCGUGCCCCGCUACGCGCUGUCGCAC